AUGGCUCUCGGGUCGAACCAAGCCGUUUACCAUGCACAACAAUUGGAUGAUUCUGACAUGAUGAUGGAAGAACCGGAAUAUUCCCAGUUCCAUAUGGGAUAUCCCGAAGAAGAUGAGGUCGUGGAAGGCAUGAUUACACCUCGUGCCGUUCAUCAGUGUAACGUCUGCAACAAAAUCUUUGUUUCCUAUAAAGGAUUGCAACAACAUGCGGUGAUACAUACGGAUCAAAAGCCAUUCCGAUGCGAUAUAUGUUCCAAGGCAUUCAGAUUCAAAUCUAAUCUUUUUGAGCAUCGUUCAGUGCACACUGGUUUUACACCACAUGCUUGUCCAUACUGUGGUAAAACCUGUCGUCUGAAGGGUAAUCUGAAGAAACAUCUCCGCACACAUGUUACCUCAAAAGAAGAGCUUGAAGCAGCAUGGCGACCAUUCUCCAGUAACCGCCGUCCACCAGCAGACAUCCCAGAGGAUGCUAUUGUAGUUCGAGGAACGGGUGGUGGACCAUACUACACCCCACCACCACGACCAAAGAAGAAGAAACUUGGUCUUGGAGAACCAGAUAUGUGGGUCGACAAGCUUAGACGUGGAGAUUUGCUGCCACAAGUCGAUCUAGAGGAUAAAUUAAGGCGACUAGAAGACACAAUUUUCAAUAACAUGUCUUUGGAUAGAUGGGUUAAUCUCUUUGAGAUCGCCAAGUCAAUUGCAUUUGAAACACAUGAAUGCCCAGUGUGCAAAUGUCAGUUCAUGACUCGAAUGGAUUGUAUGAGCCACCACAGCAUCGAACAUGAGAACAGUCGAGAAGGACUUGAUUAUUUCUGUGAGAAAUGCUUCCGACCGUUCGCUGACGAGGAUAGCUACAAUCAACACAUGGAGUACCAUGCCAAAGUCGCCAACCUUAUUGACACUGGAGCAAUUUUGCCAACUCCCUCCGACCCGGACAUUCUGGUGCCGACAACCGACGAGUUCAAAAUGCUUUUUGAUGGAACGAUGAAUCAGCAAAUGAUGCAACCCCAAAUGAUAUGA